AUGGUCGCAAGGUGGCAACUGUGGCUCUCACCACGCCCCUUGAAACGUACGCCUAUAUCAUCCGAACCUCGUAUUGUCCAAGCCCAUGAUGCCGCAUUGUUCGAGUUCUUAACAGAGGAUGACGGUCGUUGGGUUGUUAAGGAAACACACCACUUUAAUAACAAAGUGGUCAGAGAUGGCCGCUCCGGUCCCCCGUUGCACAUACAUUGGCUCCAGACGGAGUAUUUCAAAGUUGAGAAAGGGGUAAUCGGAAUCCAUAAGAAUGGGAAGGAGAUUGCAGCUACUAAGGAUGACGGAAUCCUAGAGAUUCCUGCCGGAACGAGGCAUCGAUUCUGGGCUCAUUCCUCUACCACGGAAGACCUCGUGUUCAAGGUUUGGGCCGAGCCCCAGGACAUUGACCAUAGCUUCGACGAGAACUUCCUUCGGAACUUUACUGGAUAUCAACGAGACUGCCAAAUGCAGGGUAUCAAGCCAUCUCCAUUCCAGCUCAUAUUGCUUAGUUACAAUAGUGCAACAAUGGGCACUCCGCCAUUCUGGAUGCCCCUUUGGCUUCUUAAAAGCGUCAAUUAUAUCCUAGCAUUUUGGAUUGCAAAAGCAUUGCUCGGCUACCAGGAGAGUUAUCCGGAAUACACGCGACCGACUAAGACCCCGGCGCAAGACUGA